AUGGGCCUUGCUCCGGCUAUCGGCGCUGAAUAUGAGCUUGGCUGCGGACCCGCGCUCGUCGAAGAAGUAGCUUAUGCUCCAGGCCUAGCCCCCGGUCUUCUCGGUUCUGGACCCUAUGGGUAUGGACUCGCGGGUCCGGCACCGUUCGCUGGUCCAGUACCAUAUGGUCCCGCUGCGUACGGUGUAGGCCCUGCAUACGGCGUAGGCCCGGCUUACGGCGGCACUGGUGUGGGAGACGUGGCCGUCGCCGGGGAGAUGCCGGUUGCCGGCACCACUGUAGUAGCGGGACAGGUGCCUAUCCUUGGUGCCGUACAGUUCGCUGGCGAUGUGCCCGCUGGCGGUGUCGUCACUAUAGCCGGCCGGUGCGGUUGCGGUUGCGGGGCUCCUUACAUGUACUAA